ACGGAAGUGAUGUCACGGGACUGUGCCAGACAAGUGUAAUAUUGAAGGAAGAGGACAGUGGAGAGAGUUAGGGAAUGUUUGUUGAAGAUAUCCUUUAAAAUCCGGGUCCAUCGUCUUCUCGUUUUAGGGGAAUGUUGUCCAAAACGAUAGGAACAUAAUCUUCACAGUUCAGGCUGCAAGAUAAGCCCCAUAUUGUUGUAUUCUAGAAAUCCGGGUGUUAGAUAAGGGAUGGUGAAAGUUUGAUUGGAGGAAUAAUAUUAGUAUCUUGGGCUAACCUGAGGGAGAGCGACGAAAACGGUAUUUGUUGUGGGAAUUGUAAAUUCACUGGUUAAUAGUACGUAUAGCGUUAGUACCCAGUGUCUAUAUAAAAUACGGUUUACAAUUUUUGAAACACACAGAGACAGCUGGCUUGUAAGCUAGCUAAGAAAAAUAAAUAUAAACCAUGGAACUCCGAGUGGGAAACCGAUACAGACUGGGCAGAAAAAUUGGAAGUGGAUCUUUCGGUGAUAUUUAUUUGGGUACAGACAUCUCCGUGGGGGAGGAAGUGGCCAUCAAGUUGGAAUGUGUGAAGACCAAACACCCCCAGCUCCACAUCGAGAGCAAGAUCUACAAGAUGAUGCAGGGAGGAGUGGGCAUUCCCACCAUUAAGUGGUGCGGGGCGGAGGGGGACUACAACGUGAUGGUGAUGGAGCUGCUGGGGCCCAGCCUGGAGGACCUCUUCAACUUCUGCUCCCGCAAGUUCAGCCUGAAGACCGUCCUGCUGCUCGCUGACCAGAUGAUCAGCCGCAUAGAGUACAUCCACUCCAAGAACUUCAUCCACCGAGACGUCAAGCCCGACAACUUCCUGAUGGGCCUGGGGAAGAAGGGCAACCUGGUCUACAUCAUCGACUUCGGCCUGGCCAAGAAGUACCGCGACGCCCGCACCCACCAGCACAUCCCCUACCGCGAGAACAAGAACCUGACCGGCACCGCCCGCUACGCCUCCAUCAACACCCACCUGGGCAUAGAGCAGUCGCGGCGUGACGACCUGGAGUCUCUGGGCUACGUGCUGAUGUACUUCAACCUGGGCUCCCUGCCCUGGCAGGGCCUCAAGGCCGCCACCAAGAGGCAGAAGUACGAGAGGAUCAGCGAGAAGAAGAUGUCCACCCCCAUCGAGGUGCUCUGCAAGGGCUACCCCUCCGAAUUCGCCACGUACCUCAACUUCUGCCGCUCCCUGCGGUUCGACGACAAGCCCGACUACUCGUACCUGCGCCAGCUCUUCCGCAACCUGUUCCACCGACAGGGCUUCUCCUACGACUACGUGUUCGACUGGAACAUGCUGAAGUUUGGUGCUAACAGAGUGGCGGAGGACGCUGAGCGGGAGCGGAGGGACCGGGAGGAGCGGAUGAGGCACAGCAGGAACCCCGGAGCCCGGGGCCUCCCCACCGCCUCGGGACGUCCCAGGGGAGCGCUCCACACCGUCCCGCCCGCACCCCUCACCCCUACCUCACACACCGCCAACACCUCGCCCCGCGCCGUGUCCGGGGCGGAGCGCGAACGCAAGGUCAGCAUGCGGCUCCACCGCGGGGCCCCCGUCAACGUCUCCUCCUCCGACCUGACGGGCCGCCAGGACCCCUCCCGCAUGUCCACGUCACAGAAUAGCAUUCCCCUCGAUCACCACGGCAACUAGCUGCUCGCCACGUUCUGGUCUGAACGCAGCACUGGGUCCUGUCCCGCGUGGCCCCCGGCGGUGUCCAGUCCGCUGCUCCUCGGUGAGGUGAACAGCGCCCCCCCAUGGCGGUUAGACAAUGCCUGGCUGACCUCCCACCAGAACUAUUCCUCCAACAACCUGACGCCCACGACGACCGCAGAGAACCAGACCCAGCCAGCGCCCGAGCGACCGCGCCCAUUCCUCCUCUUAAAAACCAGCCGCAGCGGAGCUACAGCGCCUCCUCUGCGCGGGGGGAGACAUUGCACAGCACGCACACCAGGCUGAACCCGCCCACGCUCCCCUGCUCCUCCAGCAGGGGGCAGCCCGUCUCUGCCACGCCAGGCCCAGCGCCUCCGCUGUGUUCUCUCCUCCCGCGGCGGGCAAACCCUGCACCAGUAAUCUGACUUUACUCUGAUCGACUCCACCCUUCCCACAAUCCUCUCUUUUUGAAUUAGACCUGACAUUCUACAGGCUGCAGUUUCUUUUUUAGAUGCAUCGGUUGUCGGUACAUAGGUUUUUUGACUGUGAAUCGCACAGAAUAUUUAAAAAAUGAAAACUUUUUCUACAAAGACUAAAGAAUCCACAGAAAAGCAGGGGUUCUGUAAUUUUAAGAGCAAUUUUAUCAGUUUAAGGAAAAAUCUAACAAAAUGGAACAUCAGUAUGUGUUUUCUGCCUGUCGGCACUGUGGCCCCAGCGUAACAAUAGCCACGACUCCCCCGCCGUGCUGUGGGGAGGGGGAGGGAGAGGGGGUAAUCAGACGCCAGUGUGUCCUGCGCCCCCCCCCCCACACGUGUGUCCUUUCCCUCUGGGGGGGGCUUUGUGGCCCGGGCUGGCGGGGGUCAUCUGCAUUUUUUUUUUCUUUUUUCAUUUUUUGUUUUUUUGAUUUAAAAAUUCCAAGCUGUGAAGAUGUCUGUAAUAUAGAGUUGUAAAUGUUUCCUUCUGUUUAGGGCUGAGCUUCUCUCAGUAAUAAUGGGGUCCCCACCUGGGCGGGGGGCAGGGGGGUCAGGGGGGGGGUCGGGGGAGGGGCGGUAAAGCUCUGGCUUCAGCCUGUCUUUGGAUUGCUCAGCCUCAGGGUUGCCAGGUCACUAAGGACUCUCCUUUCUGUGAAGGAGGGGGAUUUCUGCAGUCAGCUCUCCAGGCAGAGCCCUUGGGUGUCAUCCCCAGCCUAUAGAACGCUCUGCUUUCCAAACCCACAUUUCAGAACCGUGGCGCUCUUGAGGAGGUUUGAUUGGGUUAAAAAUAAAACUAGUGUGAGUAACAUGUACAAGGUUUCUAGGAUUCUUCUGUUGGUCAGGUGACUCCAUAUCAGACUCACUGUUGUAGGACAUAGUCUUUUGUAGUUUGGGAAGGGGUAAUGGUGAACUCUUAUGUUAUGUUGUCAUAAGUAGGAUGUGCUAAAUGAUGACGCAGUGCGGCGUUAGGUACAGUUGCCAUGUGUGUGUUUAGACCGAAGAUGCUGCCGGUCGGUGUGAAAUCUCCUGCCAUUCGGGUGGGGUGGGGGGGGGUGGGGGGACUGUGCUUUACUUUGUUAUUCCCCAAAUGCCAGGGGAUCAGUUUUGUUCCAGUGAAGGAACAGUAUCAACUCUGCGGUGUCUGAAUUAUGACAUCACAGUACUAACCACUGGUGUCUACUGUAUGACAUCAAAGUACUAGCCAGCAGUUGUCUGCUGUAUGACAUCACAAUGCUAGCCACUGGUGUUAACAGUGUGACGUCAUAGUACAGUCCUUUGGCCACAGGUGUCUGUAUGGGCCCCCCCACUCCAUCCUGUCACACGGAACCCUCAGCGCCUCACGCUCCCGUUUUGAUUGGAAUUAUGGGAAGUUUCUACUCCCGUUGAUGAUUUUUCUCCUCCCUCAUUUGUAUUGCCACUGUAAUUGUGUACUUUAAAAUGGUGUAAAUAAAUGAAUGACUACUUGUACCUUUUUAA